CAACUCUAAGUCGCGCACAACAACAACUCCUCAAUCAUUUCCGGUCUCUUCGCUGAUCAAAACAAACAUGGCGACUACAUUGCAGGUCGGCAGUUUGCUGGCUAGAACCGCGAGACUUUUGCGUCCUAUCAGCACGCUGGAUACCCUGUGGCACCAUGCUGCCUCUCACAGUGGAUGCCAGAGUGCUGGUUUUCACUGGCUUUCACACAAAACAGUAGUCAAGAGCAGAUUGCCUCAGCAAUGGGUUCUCCCUGGGAGGAGUAUGUUUGUGCAGACACAGGACACGCCAAACCCAAACAGCCUGAAGUUUAUGCCCGGACGUAUUGUUCUAGAAUCGGGAACUAUGGAUUUUUCCAGCCCUCGCGAAGCAUACACCUCACCCUUAGCCAGACAGCUAUUCAGGAUUGAUGGUGUCAAGAGUGUCUUCCUGGGCCCUGACUUCAUCACCAUAACCAGGGCUGAUGAAAAUAUUGAAUGGAAAGUAUUGAAACCUGAUGUGUUUGCGGCCAUUAUGGACUUUUUCACUUCUGGGCUUCCUGUCAUCAAUGAGGAUGCUAAACCUAGUGAAGACACAGCACCGUCAGAUGACGACGAUGAAGUAGUUGCAAUGAUCAAAGAACUGUUGGACACUCGAAUCAGACCCACUGUGCAGGAAGACGGAGGAGAUGUUGUGUAUUGUGGCUUCGAGGAUGGCGUGGUGAAACUGAAGUUACAGGGAUCCUGCACCAGUUGUCCCAGCUCUAUUGUCACUUUGAAGAGUGGAAUCCAAAACAUGCUACAAUUUUAUGUCCCUGAGGUUGAAUCAGUAGAGCAGGUGAAGGAUGAGGAGGAGGCUGCUCAAGUUUGACUAACAUUCAGCGAGGACAAGCGCACAUUCCUCACUGCACUGGCCAAUAAGGAGCAUCCAUGUGGCUAGUAUACAGUACCACGCAGUGGGACUACUCGCCACCCCUUAUGUUAAUCAUAAAAUCACCAAAGUCUGGUCCUCGAAAGCCUAAUAAUGAUCCUGCUCACUUGAAUCUGGUGUGUUGGUGUAGCGACACAUCUAAAACAGGCUGGAUAGGGUCUCUUGAGGACCGGAUUUGGGCACCGCUAGUGUACAAUACUCAAUAUUCAAAAGUAUUUCAACUUCUAUUUCAACAACUUCUAUUUAGCUUAAUAGCCAUUUCAUUCAUCAUCAUAUAGUAAUGAACAAGUCCUUACGUUGCUACUCCAAAUGGCUUUCUUGUUUAAACGCACAAUAUUUAUAUGAAUAAAGGUAACCUAUCAACA